CUCCCCAGGCGAGGCUCGGCGGCGCGCGCGCCCUUGCGCCCUUCUCCAGCGGCGGCGCCUUUAAGAGCUGGCCUACGUGGCAGUGGCGAGGAGGCGAGCGCCGGAGCCGGAGCCGAGCCCCUUCCUGUGCGCUCAGUCGCGCUCCAGCAGCAGCCAGCGGCGGCCGAGCGGGGCGGCCGAGCCACCUUCCUUUGCCGCCGGCAGCCAUGGGCCACAACGACCUGAUGAGCACGGCCGAGGAUUUCGCCGACCAGUUCUUGCGGGUGACAAAACAAUACCUCCCCCACGUAGCCCGGCUCUGCUUGAUCAGCACGUUCCUCGAAGACGGCAUCCGCAUGUGGUUCCAGUGGAGUGAGCAGAGGGACUACAUUGACGCCACGUGGAGCUGCGGCUAUUUCCUGGCCUCCAUCUUUGUCUUCAUAAACCUCUUUGGACAGUUAAGCGGCUGCAUUCUGGUGCUGAGUAGGAACUUUGUCCAGUAUGCCUGUUUUGGAUUAUUUGGAAUCAUAGCUUUACAGACAAUUGCAUACAGCAUUUUAUGGGACCUGAAGUUUUUGAUGAGGAACCUUGCUCUUGGGGGUGGCCUGCUGCUGCUACUGGCAGAGUCUCGGUCGGAGGGGAAGAGCAUGUUUGCUGGCGUGCCCACCAUGCGGGAGAGCUCCCCGAAGCAAUACAUGCAGCUGGGUGGGCGGGUGCUGCUAGUCCUCAUGUUCAUGACGUUACUGCAUUUUGAUCCUAGUUUCUUUUCGAUUCUGCAAAACAUCGUGGGCACAGCCCUGAUGAUCCUAGUGGCUGUUGGCUUCAAGACUAAACUGGCCGCCUUGACCUUGGUCAUCUGGCUCUUUGUCAUCAAUGUCUACUUCAACGCCUUCUGGACGGUCCCAGCGUACAAGCCCAUGCACGACUUCCUCAAGUACGACUUCUUCCAGACCAUGUCAGUCAUCGGAGGACUCCUCCUGGUGGUGGCGCUCGGCCCUGGGGGGGUCUCAAUGGAUGAGAAGAAAAAAGAAUGGUAGAAGGGGAGAGGACCCCCCCCCCCAUCAUCUCAGAGCCUGGGAACUGACUCGCAAGAGGAAUUCAUGGGAGAAAAUUCCCAUGCCAGCAUUUUACAUAGGUGUGCCCGAGUUCCCUUGUUCAAGGCACAGAUUUUUCUGGAGUUUUUAAAAAGUGUCCAGCCGCACUGAGAAUCCAAAAUUUGAUCAUGCUUUGAGAGGAACGCUUGCCCAGGGUCACCGUUGUUCUCUCUCUUUUGUAAUUCCCUAAAAUUGGAGUAAAGAAACUGGCUAGCUGGGGCCACUGGGUGGGGGGCACACCACAGCCCCCCCCUUUUCUCUUUCAUUUUUUUUUAAAAAAAUUUAAACUACUGUGAUCAGAUAACCUGUUGUAUACUUUUCAGUGUGAUGGUUAAAUUUUUUUUGUUUUGUUUACAUUCUUGUAAUUAAACAAGUCACCCCAGGUUGA